CGCCCAGGUCCCGCCCUCACGCCGCGGCAGCUCAGCGAGCCCAGCCGCUACCCGCCGGCACCGCCGCCCCGGCAGCGAGCGGGCGAACCGAGCCGGCGGCGCCCUGCCGAGCCGGCCCCCGCCCGGUGGCCGCCGUCCCCGGCACCCCGCCCGGGGAGCGCCGCGCCGCUCGCCUGAGGGGAAAGUUUGGCGGGAGGGCUGGCGGGAAGCCCCCCCGACCCCUCAGGGCGGCCGGCCCCGGCGGGCAGGGCCCCGAGCCGCGGCCGCGGUGGGAGGGGGGGCUGAUGGCGGCGGCGCAGGGCUGCGGGCGAGGGGCGGAGCAGAGAGACCCUGUGGCUGCCAUGGCCGCCUCCCCCUCCCCGCAUCCUGCUUAAAUACUAUGGGGCGGCCGUAGCUGCGGCGGGCGCCGCUGCCGAGCGCACCAUGCGGGCUGUCAUCGCCUUGGCCGUGGCGCUGGGCAGCCUGCUGCUCGGCGGCUGCCUCCUGCGCCUGGGCGGCCAGCAGCCCCUCCGCGCCAGAGGCUGGGAGGAGGACGCGGGAGUAGCUACUGUCACGCCGAAAGUGGUGCGAGCCCUCAGGUCCCCCCUAACGUCCCUUCCUCAGACCGAGAACAGAACAACUGUUAAUAAAAAUGGAAUUUACCAGUUUGAACAGGCUUCCAAAUGUAAGGCGAUUCAGGACAACAUUUUGUCAUCAUCUGUCAAGAAGAAAAGAUAUUCGGAAGAUUAUUAUCUUCAUAUAGUCACAAAACUGCAGAACUGCACCUGGAUAAGGAGACCAGAAGAAUCUACAAAAUUCAGGUCAGAAUUAGCUUCCUGCUGUGAUGCAGUUCACAAUUUUAUUGCUUCUCAAAACAACAGCCCACUGGGAAGUAACAUGAGUUAUGAAGUGGACAGUAAAAAGACCAUCCUCAUUACAGAGGACAUUUUUAAGAUGCUGCCUGUGUCCUCUCCUCUUUCGGUCUAUCCCUUCAAGACCUGUGCCGUGGUUGGAAAUGGAGGCAUUCUGAAAAAUUCCAGCUGCGGAGCUGAAAUAGAUCGUUCUGACUUUGUGUUUAGGUGUAACCUCCCUCCAACCACAGGAAGCAUUAGCAAAGAUGUUGGCAAUAAAACAAACCUUGUGACUGUUAAUCCGAGUAUCAUUGCUCAGAAAUACAACAAACUAAAUGAAAAGAAGACAGAAUUUCUAGAGAACAUUGCAGUCUAUGGAGAUGCUUUCCUUUUAUUGCCAGCAUUUUCCUUCAGAAGCAACACAGCCACUUCUUUUAAAGUAUAUCACACUCUGCAAGAGUUCAAAGCAACCCAAAGGGCAAUAUUUUUUCACCCCACUUAUCUGAAAAGUCUUGCCCAGUUCUGGAGAACUAAGGGUGUGAAAGCCUACAGAUUGUCAUCUGGUUUUAUGAUCACUAGUGCUGCUCUUGAGCUGUGUGAGAAUGUGAAGCUGUACGGCUUCUGGCCUUUCUCAAAAUCCACAGAGAAGAUGCCAAUCAGCCACCACUAUUACGACAACCAGCUGCCUAAACCAGGUUUCCAUGCAAUGCCCAAAGAAUACAACCAGAUCCUUCAGCUUCAUGGCAAAGGCAUUUUGAAGUUGCAGUUUGGUAAAUGUGAAUCAGACUGAAAAG